AUGGCACAUAAAGGACAAGGCGGUAUCAACCAGCUAGGAGGAAUUUUCGCCAAUGGUCGACCAUUGCCAUUUCAUACCAGACAUCGUAUCCUCGAGCUAGCUCACCUCGGCCUUCGUCCCUGUGACAUAUCGCGUCAACUUCUCGUCUCCCAUGGCUGUGUGAGCAAAAUACUCAGCCGAUAUUCUGAGACAGGGUCCAUCUUACCAGGGGCCAUCGGUGGAAGCAAACCACGCGUUUCCACGCCAGAAGUCAUUGAGAGAAUAUCCGACUACAAGCACGAGAACUCUUCUAUGUUUGCAUGGGAGAUACGUGAACGACUUCUGAUCGAAGGUGUCUGCACCAAAGAGAAUUUGCCGAGCGUGAGCUCUAUUAAUCGCAUCCUCCGCAACACCACGAUGCAGGUCGGAGAUGCGAGCCAGGAAGAUUCAGGAGACAUCGAGAAAAACACCGACCAUCAAGGCGAGAGGUCACACGAUAAACCCGCAUCGUUUACAAUAGAGACCAUACUUGGUAAUGACAUUGGCAAAAGAAAGAGGAAAUUGUCGGAAUCGGAGGUGAGCAGUAACAAACAAGAGAGAGGGGACAAGAAAAUGUGUAGAAUGCACGUAGACAAAAUAAAUGACGUGAACAUUGACACCAGUGCCCCGUUGCCAAAGAUACCGAUUUCGAUCAUCAAUCUCCCGACGACAAAGCCGAGGCAAGAGGAUGUAUACUCAAGACAGAAGACCAGUUUUUUCCCUUACUUUACUAGUGAAACACGUCACAGCACUUAUUUACACGAGCGUGCCGCCAUCAGUCAAGCGCAUCUUCGAGUUCUUGCCCAAGCUUUUCCACAGCCCGCUUACCUUUACUCACAUCCGCAUUUUGGGCUGUCUGUUCUGCCGCAACAUUUCGAUGCCAGAGUCGCUGCCUUCAUAGUACAUCGCCCGCCCAGCAUCGCCACGUUACCCAUAAUGCCCAGUCCCAACAUGCAGAAAAGUACAUGA